AUGGAGUGCGACAUCUGUGGGAGAGACGGCAGCCUCAGCCAGCCUCUCCACUGCAUAACGUGCGCGCGCGCAUACCUCGAACACCCCCGCAUCGAACUUGCAAAGACGCUGAUAGACCUGGAUGGCGUCGAGAAACACGUCAAGGCAAUUAUCAACGGCUCCGAAGACAAGGCGAUCCAGCAUGUCUCACUUACCGACUCAAAGGGUGGACUCUUGGUCGAUAGGCAAGAAUGCACCAACAAUCUGAACUGGCAGCGGACGAAAGCAGAGACGGCCGAGAUCCAGGAGCGGCUCGGCAACAUCUCAGAUCAUGCGCAUCAGUUGAGGCAGCAAAUGGAGGCGACGAGGAAAUUGCUCGAGGCCAAACGAGCCGCCAACGCCCAAAGGAAGUCAGACCUCUCCUCGGCCACAUACGGCAUCGAAUCGCGGCGGGCGAAUGAGCUGGAUAAGGUGCAGCAAAAGGUCAAGAGGCUUGAUUACAACGCCGAUAAAAUGCACCACGACACCAUAGACUUGCGCAUGCAACUCUGUACAACUGCCGCGAAGCUGGCCGGACUCAAGAUGCAGCGGCGAAAGACCCGGGAUGGAGGCGUUAAGGAAGUCUUCAACAUAGGGCCUGGAUCGCGCCUGCGCAUCUACGAUCUUCGAGAUAUGAAUGACGUGGCUCCCGAUUCGCUAUCUGCAUCGCUGGCUGCUGUGGCACAGCUUCUAGUCCGCGUCGCCGCUUACCUAGGCAUCCGCCUGCCAGCCGAAAUCACGCUCCCCCAUAGCGACUAUCCUCAACCUACUAUCUUCAGUCCGGCUUCCUCAUAUCAGGGCAAAAAAGUACCUUUCCCUGGAUCAACACCUUCACACUCGUCAAGCGCCAGCCCAGAGACGUCACGCACGCUUGAGGCACGUAUACAUCUCCCGAAACCUCGCACAUUGUUCGUCGACCGCCCAUUGAGUGCCCUUUCGGCCGAAGACCCUCCUGCAUAUGGGUCCUUCAUCGAAGGCGUUUCAUUGCUUGCGUACAAUGUAGCUUGGCUAUGCCGAACCCAGGGCAUGAAGGAGAGCUUCAAGCAAUGGGAAGACACAUGUGUCAUAGGUCGCAACCUGUACCGGCUUUUGAUAGCGCAGGAGUCGUACAAUCCCCAGCGACUGGAGAAUCCCUUUGAUAGAGACAUCACAACAUCCAAGUCUUAUAGGUCCAUCCUUCGGAAGUCGCCCGUAGGCUUCGGACAGCUUUCACAUGCGACAUCACACUCGUUUCUCGGCAUUGCUGAAAAUACACAGUACAUCAGUGGCUGGGGAAUAUCACCUACGAAGAUCGUCGACGAGCUAAAGGCAUACCUGCUCGCUGAACAGCAAGCGCAAGAGUGGGAUGUUGUCAACCAGAAGGAGUGGGAAGACAUGGAGAAGAUGAUCGCCGAGGAUCCUGUCCUGGUAGGCGAGAAGCGACGUAACACGGGCUUAGACGAUGGACGUAGUUACCUGACUUCGACAGCAAAGAACGGAAAGUCGUCACCUUCGCGAAAGAGUGAUGUCUCAGAGGGAGAACAGUCUGGGCGCAGGAGAGGUAUAAGUGGCUAUGUUAAGCUUAAGAGCAGACCCGAGGAAGACGCUUUCUGA